CAUCAAAAAAUUGCUUGAGCCCACAUUGCCGAGGCGCACUCGUUAGCCCGACCCAUCAAGUCGCCGGAUCCCUAGACUUGUAUAACCUUGUUCUAAUACCCGCAUCAUAUUGUAUACUGUCAACGAUCUCUCUGUAAUUUUCACGACGCAUACUCUCUCUACGCCAAUCACCCAAUGUCUCCUGUAGCGAUGCCAGCACCUCUCGAGAAUCCAUUUACUCCUCUUAUAGACAACCUCCGCGCUGCACCCACUGCACCAGAUGCUAAGGGUGCUGCUGAUAGAAUAGCUCGAGAGGUGGCGAAGCAUGGCCUGCAGUCUCUCGAAAACCACAACGUCCUACAAACUCUAAAUGGGUUUGCGACUAACAAAAAGUCUGGUUAUGAGCGAGAAUCUGCAGCAAUUGCCUUCCAAUCUUUAGCCACUGUUCUUGGUGCAGGAGUAACACCUCUCCUUAUCCCAUCUCUUCCGAUUAUAUUCGAUCUUUACAUGGACAAGGGCGACGUUGUUCGAUCUGCUGCCACUUCCGCUGUCAAGACUCUCAUGAAGCUAUUUCCGCCAGAAGCUGUACGAGAGUUGUAUGGCGUAUUGACCGUCAUCUUAGAAAAUGGAAAAUGGAGGACGAAGGUUGGAGUCCUAGAUGCACUGCGUUCAUUUGUUGCUUCGGCGCGUGACUCUGUAGCCGCUGAGCUGGGAACCGUAUUACCAAAGGUCGAAAAUGCCAUGCAUGAUACAAAGCAGGAGGUGUCUACUGCUGCAAUUAAAUGUGCCACAUCUUUGUGCACAACUCUGGCCAAUCCAGAUCUUGCCCCCCACAUCCCCGUUCUUGUGAAGUGUAUGUCAACGCCCGAUUCAGUACCAGCAUGCAUCAAAGCCCUUUCGUCAACCACGUUCGUUGCCGAAGUAACGGCGCCAGCUUUGGCUGUUUUGGUCCCUCUCUUGAUUCGGGCCUUGAACGACCGAAGUAUGGAAGUUCAACGACGUACCGUUGUCGUUAUUGAAAAUUUGGUGAAACUCGUCCGGGAUCCACAAGUUGCUGCGCUGUAUCUUAGUCCCCUCGUGGAAGGAACACAGAAGAUCGCAAAAGGGGCAGCGUUUCCUGAGGUUCGCGCCUUUGGCGAAGCUGCACUCCAAACGCUGCUUAAGUCUGGAGCCUCAGCCGAAGGCCGUCCGUCUCAUCAUCGGGACAUUGAAGGAGAAACAGCCGCGGUUCUCACAGUCUUACUUAAUCUUUUACCCGAAGAACUUCGAAGCCUGUCCUCUACUGCCAAUGGACCUUUGGGCCCCAAUUCGACACUUUUGGGCCACUCUGUUGAUUUUGUUGCAUCGUUGGUAGCCGACUUGGUUUAUGACCGCCGAUUCAAGGACAAGGAUGCUUGGAAUCGAUGCAUCGGUGUGUACAUGACUCCGUGGCUGAAUACAGAGAAGGCUUCUGCCUUUGCCAGUACUGUGUCGGAACAUUUCUACGCCAUAGAGAAGUCCAAAUAUACUGUUGUUCAGACCGGAGACGAGGAAGGCGAAGUCUUAUGCGAUACCCUUUUCUCUCUUGCGUAUGGUGCAUUACUGUUACUUUCUCAUACCACUCUCCGUCUCGUCCGGGGAAGACGAUAUGGUAUUCUCGGCACAAACGGGUCUGGAAAAUCAACCCUCAUGAGGCAACUCCGGGACGGUAAAGUCGAGAACUUCCCUCCGCAGGACCAGCUCUGUUGUGUCAUGGUAGAACAUUCUUUACAAGGAGAGGACGCUUCGUUGUCUGUGCUCGAUUUCAUUGCGGCAGACAAAGCAUUGGUUGAUGUCACUCGUUCCACAAUACGGGAUCAACUAUUAGAAGUCGGAUUUGAUGAUGCCAGACAAUCUGACACUGUUGGCGGACUUUCGGGAGGGUGGAAAAUGAAGCUCGAACUUGCAAGGGCGAUGCUAUAUAAUGCUGACUUAUUGCUAUUGGAUGAGCCCACUAAUCACCUGGAUCGUGCAUCUGUUCUAUGGCUAGAGAAAUACCUUAUAGCACAUGACAAGGUUACUUGUCUAAUUGUCAGUCACGACUCUGGUUUUCUAGACAACGUGACAACAGAUAUCAUACACUACGAAAGCAAGAAGCUUGUUUAUUACCCCGGAAAUCUCUCUACAUUUGUCGAGCAACAUCCCGAAGCCAAGUCUUAUUACACUUUAGCAGCCACCUCUGUCAAAUUCUCAUUCCCGCCACCUGGUUCAUUAAUGGGUGUGCGAAGCAAUACUCGGGCUAUAUUGAAGAUGUCCAACUGCACAUUUACUUAUCCUGGACGUAGUUCUCCCAGUCUCUACAACGUUAGCUGUGCGCUGUCUUUAUCGAGUCGUGUUGGUAUCGUGGGUCCCAACGGUGCUGGAAAGUCGACAUUGAUCAAACUCUUAACCGGGGAGACUGUACCUCAAGAGGGAACUGUGUACAAACAUCCAGCUCUUCGGGUUGGUUAUGUGUCACAGCAUGCAACCCACCAUAUAGAACGUCACCUGGAAAAGACUCCGAUCGGUUACAUUCAAUGGCGCUUUCAAGAUGGACAUGACCGUGAACUAUUGGAGAAAACCACCCGUGUCCUGACCGAUGAAGAAAAGAAAGUCCUCGACACAGAGUGGGUAGGAAAGGAUGGGUCUAAGCGCAAACUAGAGCUUAUCAUGGGUCGACAAAAGCUGAAGAAGUCCUUCCAGUAUGAAAUCAAGUGGCGUGGUUUGGAUCACAGAUUUAAUACCUGGGUUCCGCGUGACGACUUGAUCAACAAAGGCUUUAGUAAACUUGUGCAACAAUUCGAUGACCUAGAGUCUUCACGGGAAGGUGCUGGUACUCGUGAUACCGCCGCGCAUCUCGUACGAAAGCACUUGGAAGACAUCGGUUUGGACGGAGAUAUUGCCCAAUAUAAUGAGAUCUCUGGUCUAUCUGGAGGGCAAAAGAUUAAAUUAGUGAUCGCAGCAUGCCUCUGGAAUAACCCACAGAUAUGUAUCUUAGACGAACCGAGUAAUUUUUUAGAUCGUGAAGCGCUAGGUGGGUUGGCUGUAGCGAUUAGAGAUUGGGCGGGUGCUGUAGUUAUCAUUUCUCAUAACCACGAAUUCGUCUCCGCCCUGUGCCCGGAAAUAUGGAACGUCGAUGCCGGCCGCAUGACCCAGCAGGGAAAAGCUGCUGUUGUUGAGGAUGCUUUCCUCGAUAAGAAGGGAAGUGGAACUAGCACGCCGGUCAGGUCCAGACAUCAAACUCCGGCUGCUUCUGCUGCUGGGACCCCCGCCGGAAGUGGCACUGAGGGUGCAGGUAGCGGAAAAGUGACACCAGUCAAGAAGAAGAAGAAAUUGACACGCAACCAGCUUAAAGCUCAAGAAGAGCGAAGGAGACUGCGAAAACUGCAUUGGCUGACGCAUGGUGGACCGAAGCCGGAGGAUACUGAUAGCGACACAUAGUAUUUGUUGGUUCCUAUUAUAGAUAUUUCGAUAGUACCCUUAUAGAUAAUCAUCUUACAUUACUGUGAA